UGAAAGACAAUAGCCAGUCUGUGCAUCUUGUACGGAUGUGUGCAGUACAAGGAGGAUUGCCGCACUGCCAUGCGAUGUAAAUCAACGGUUCACUGGAUACACAUAAAUACCGCGUCGCACGGCAGCUUUGCCAUCACGAAGUCACAUGCACCAGAGGUUAUGGUCAUAAGCGACAUAGAUUAAACUGCGUGUCCAUAAUGCGCUGGCCUUCCUGUCUCUGCCUCCCAUGACAGCUUCUUCCAACCCGACAGAUGAAAGUUCGCAUCUGUCCGGUCUUCUUGCACUCUCGAGUCACCAGGACUGUGACUCAAUGAUAUCUGAUGCGAAGUUCACUGCUGAUACUAUAACCGAUUGUUACGACCGCAGUCUGACAACUCGCCGCAGAUAUGCCCUUGUCGGAGUGGCAUGCUCGAGCAUCUUCAGCUGCUCAUGCAUCCUUGCAGGCAUUGUCACUCUAGCCAAACACGGAGUCGACGGUGCGGCUGUGGCCAACCUGGUCAAUCCAGAGAAGGAUACUCAGUUGUAUCUGCAGGGGGAGAUAUUGUCCCUGACACUCAACUUAGUCGUCACGUUAUGCACCGAGUCCAUAGGCUUCGUACACGCCAUCUCGUUGCGCUCUGCGCUAGCUUCAGAGUCUCGACUUCGUUUUAACACCAAUCUGCGCCUUCUGACCGCAGCUCGUGGAUGGUAUCACCCUAAUGGCGCACUGCUUAACGGUAUCUCGACUGUCCUCCUCAUUAUAUCCUACAGCUCGGCCUCACUCGUCGUAUGUUUCGACUAUCAAAUGACGCAACAAACAUAUGAGGAGGGUAUUGCCAUCGCAGGAUUACCUCUCCUCAUUUUGGGCAUCGCACUCCUGCUCCAGGUGAUGAUCGCAUUAUCAGGGAUACGGGCUGUCAAAAUAUUGACGUGGAGCUCCUCACCUUUCGACUUGACCGCCACACUGGUCCACCACACGCAAUUGACCCCUGUUACUUUCCGGUGCAUGCGUCGUGUGUCUGACCUAGACAUGGGUGGAGGUCCAGCGAAGCCGCCAGAGAUACAGCCCUCGGCAUGGCAUGCCCACCCUAGCAUCCGGAAAGUUAUCAUUUCUCUUUGGGUGAUCGUCGCAGCAUGCGCUGGAUGGGCCGCACUCGUCAUGUACAUUUGGGACAAGAACGACAGCACGCAUAUAUUUUCCUCCAAUGCGCUGACCCUACAAACGUGGUCGUUCUUGCCAAACUCAGCGCUGUCCAAUUCCAUGGCGUAUGGUAUGCUGAGUGUCAAUGCUGAGGCGUGGAUUCUGCUCUUUGUCAACAUGGCAGUUGUCCAGGGACCGUUGACGCUUGGGCUGCAUUGCUCAGAGCUCAUCGCAAAUGUCAUUCGAGACGAAAAACAGUGGAGAUGCGCUACCGGAGAGAAAGGACUUAUUACGACGACGAACCCGUUGAAGAUGAUUUUCAGUCAUCCGAUUUGUCUCGUACUUUUCGUCGCGAAGCCUUUCCUGCAUUGGAUGUUUGGACUUUCGUUCAUCAUAUCUCCCGGCUUGAUUGGUGGACAAGUAACAGGGUUUUUGGUGGUCAUGUUGACUGCCCAGCCGGCUGCAUACGGCCACGUCCAGACGCUCGCCAACCUCGUGGACGAGUGGUCGCCUGUGAUGUGGUGGGGACACAAGGAGGACGGAUCUCCGUACUGUCAUGCUGGGACGAGCGAUCACCCGCUCCCGGAUGUGAAGAUGGACCGCGUUUAUGCUGGUUCUGGUGCUGGGUCCCUGGUGCCCGUCUCGUGA